AUGGACACUCAAUCUCUUCCGUCCGGUUGGCCUGCUGGAUCCAGCUUCAUCUCCGGGUCGACCGCGGCGCCUUUCACUGCUCCAGCGGGAUCACAACUAGGCUCGUCCGGAUCAGAUAGUUCGACCGUACCAUCUCCGGUCCACGCGACGAGCAUCACCAGCGGGAAUAGCGCAACUCAACGUCCUAUCGCUGCUCAUCCUGCCCGAAAUGGUGCGAACGCCGUCGCAAGCGGAAGCGGAUCUGGCAAGCUAGCAGCAGGGGGAGAGAAGGGGAAAGGGGUGAAGCCAAUCGCACCUGGCCAGAGCACGGGACAGGGGGCCGCCAAGGUGCGGAAGAAACGGGAUCCGGGAGAUGGGAAGCGGAGGAAGGUUGCGAAGGCGUGUUUGGUCUGCCAGAAGAGCCAUCUGACGUGCGAUGAGAAACGGCCAUGUACACGAUGCGUCAAGAAGGGGAUCGCAGACCAGUGCGUUGAAGGUGUGCGGAAGAAGGCAAAGUAUCUCAUGGAGGGGGAGUUGAAGGAUUUUACAGAACAUCCCGCACAAACCACCACGUCAAUAUCUCCUGCUACUUCCUCGUCACAUCGCCCAUCGGAACAACCAAGCUUUAGCUUGUCGUUGACCACCCCGCCCGUGCUGCCGCCAAUAGCUAGAACAAACUCCGACCUCCUGCAGCCUCUCGGUAUACCAGGCCUACCCACUCUGGGGAGGGAGGAGGAUAUCUGGCUGGCGCCUCAGAUGCUGGGACCGGAGCGACUGGAGUCGCCGGAGCGGAAUCGGUUGCCGAGCGAAUUACUGGGAGAUAUACGGAGCGGGAACGGGACUGGGGUCAUGAGCGGAGGUGGGGAUGGGAUAUGGGACGAUCCUGGUAUUUUUGGGAAUGGAGGAUUCGACUUCGGCACAUCAGCGAGCAACGAAUACCAAAUGCUGGACGCAAUGCUGAAUUCGAUGUCCCCCGUCUUCCCGUUCGACCUCCCUGAUGACAAUCAACUGUCCUUGGACCCCAUGCUGUCUCAGCCAGCUCCCAGCCCGUACCUCACCGACCACCUCGGCUCUUCGCGCACAUCCGGGCUGUCCAUGCUAGGCGGUCAGCCAACCUCCUCCUACUCCCAGCCUCGACACCCAGACUUCCUGCUCGAUCCACCCAGCAAUCCCCACCAGUCGCUCAUCAGUCCCAAUUGGGCAAGUGCGCCACCCCAAUCUCAUCUACCAGACCAACAGCCCGACAUGAAUCGCUUAUCCGCCGGUAUGGCCCCUUCUCCCUGGACAAAUUGGACGGAAAAUGCCUCGGCGGCGUCAAGAGGAUCAUUUGGCGCACAGAGUAUGGGCGGGUCCGAAGCUAGGAGCAGCAACGCCGGUCCGUCAGCGCAGGAGCAGGGAGAUAUGGGGCAAUAUGCGGAAGGCAUUCCGGGUAUUUCAAGCAAACAAGGAAGACUCCGGACGAGUGCGGAAGUGUACCACAGUGUCGUCAAGCCAUUCGACUAUACUGAGGGGUACCACCUGCUCAUGGAGCAUAUCUCGAAGAAUUUCCAGCAAAAGGAAGUGCUCAGGGUGGUCAAAGCAUUGGCAGCGUUCCGGCCAAGUCUAAUCGUGUUGCAAAUGCCCAUGAGCGAGGAAGACGAGGUGUUUCUUGAAAGGUCUUUCCAGCGGACUCUGAUUGAGCUCGAAAAGCUCAUAUCGUACUCGGCAACACCGACGGCGGUCUGGCGUCGGACAGGCGAGAUUGUCUACGCCAAUCCAGAGUUUUGCGGCUUGAUCGGGAAACAGCAGGACGAGCUGUUGAGCGGGAAGACAUAUAUCUAUCAGCUAUUUGCUAAGCAAUCGGCGAUCUCGUACUGGGAGAACUUUUCGGUACACGCAUUCGAGAAUACCACUCAGAAUUUCUUCCAGGCGACGACCCUGGAAGUGGGAGAUGUUAGCCUGGCGUGUUCGUGCUGCUAUACCAUCAGGCGAGAUGUCUUCGAUCUUCCAAGCGUGAUCAUCGGGCAGUUCUUGCCAAUACCUACCGACAUCUAG